AAGCUAGCUAUGAUUCUCACGGAACCAUUCUUCCAUUAGAGGAGGUUUCCUUGCACUAUGCCGCUCUUUCACGCACGGAGACACAUAUUUAUUUAUUCAUUUAUUCACUUGAAGUGUUUGUUGGCGGCGCGCUCACUUCCGCUUUUAUCUUUUAUGUUGGCUUCAAAGCUGACGCUAGCUAGCAGCAUUCAUGCUAACUAACUAACAUUAAUGCUAACUAACAAACAGUUGUGCUAACUAGCUGUCAUGCUAACUAACAGUCAUGCUAACUAACAGUCAUGCUAACUAACAAUCAUGCUAAGUAGCAGUCAUGCUAACAAAGAGUCGUGCUAAUUAACAAACAGGCGUGCUAACUAGCUAGCAGUCAUUCUAACUAACUAAUAGCCAUGCUAACUAGCAGUCAUGCUAACUAACUAACAGUCGUGCUAACUAGCAGUGAUGCUAACUAACUAACAGUCUAGCUAAGUAGCUGUAAUGCUAACUAACAUGAAUGCUAACUAACAGUCGUGCUAACUAGCAGUCAUGCUAACUAACUAGCAGUCGUUCUAACAUUCAUGCUAACUAACUAACAGUCGUGCUAACUAGCAGUGAUGCUAACUAACUAACAGUCUAGCUAAGUAGCUGUAAUGCUAACUAACAUGAAUGCUAACUAACAGUCGUGCUAACUAGCAGUCAUGCUAACUAACUAGCAGUCGUUCUAACAUUAAUGCUAACAAACAGUCAUGCUAACUAGCAGUCAUGCUAACUAACUAAUAUUAAUGAUAACAAACAGUCAUGCUAACUAACAGUCAUGUUACUAACUAGCAGUCAUGCUAACUUACAGUCAUGCUAACUUACAGUCAUGCUAACUAACAGUCAUGCUAACUAGCAGUCGUGCUAACUAACUAGCAGUCAAGCUAACGAACAGUCAUACUAACUAACAUUCAUGCUAAAUAACAGUCAUGCUAACUAACAUUCAUGCUAACAGUCAUGCUAACUUACAUUCAUGUUAACUAACAGUCAUGCUAAAUAAUAGUCAUGCUAACUAAUGUUCAUGCUAACUAACAGUCAUGCUAACUAACAGUCAUGCUAACUAACAUUCAUGCUAACUACAAUCAUGCUAACUAGCAGUCAUGCUAACUAACAUUCAUUCAAACAAUGCUAACUAACAUUCAUGCUAACUAGCAGUCAUGCUAACUCCAGUAUAGUUUGUCGUCCUUCCACACAACAAGAUUGGAGUAAAAUGGUGCUGACCAUGGCAGACUUAUCAACACUCGAGACCCUUUUGGAGAUGGGCUUUGACCCAAACAGGGCAGAGAGGGCGGUGGCCAGCACUGACAACCAGGGUAUUGAACAAGCCAUGGACUGGUUAAUGGAGCACGAAAACGACCCCGACAUAGACCAGCCCUACAAACCUCCAGUGGAGAACAUCACACAGCAGCCUGCACUCGACCACACAGCUGGAGAUACAGGUGGAGUUGCCAGUGGAGAAGGCAGCCAGGUUGGUGAAGCUGACACUUCCAUGGCGGCGGAGGACAAACUAGAGCAAGUCAAGAGGCUGGAGGAGCUGAUGCGGGUGAAGCAGGCGGAGCGGCGAGAGCGCGAGCGUGCGGAGGAGCUGGAGCGAGAGAAGCAGCGCAGGAAACAAGGACAAGAACUGCAGCACAUCCGUCAGAAGAUACAAGAUGAUGACAUGAGGAAGAUGGCCCAGCUCAGGAACAAAGAGAAGAUGGAGGACAAGCUGGCCAGGCAGAGGGUGAAGGAGAAGAUCGCACGAGACCGAGAGGAGAGAGCACAGAAGUUUGGAGGCAGUGGAAUUUCUAGCACCAGCACCAGCACCAGCACCACAGUCCUGCCCAGCCCUCAGCCACCUACCAGAGACUAUGACCAGUCCAGGAUACAGGUGCGUCAGCUGGACGGCUCCACCAUCACAGCGGUGUUCAAGGCCCAGGAGCCACUAGCAGCGGUGCGCGUGUACGUGCAGGUGAACGGCAACACCCCCGAGGGUCAGGACUUCACGCUGCUGUCUCCUUACCCCCGUCAUGUCUACACUGAACUGGACAUGGAGAAGCCCCUCAAAGAGCUGGGCUUGGUGCCUUCAGCUGUGCUAAACUGUUCCUCAUACUUUCACUUUCACUUUGCUCCUCAGGCUUGGUGCCUUCAGCUGUGCUAAACUGUUCCUCAUACU